AGAAGGUCAUGGUGAAGGUGGGUCUAGGGCACCAAGUGUAAGAAGGACCUGCUAUUCCCUCAACUGCUCGAGAUGCCGGAGGGCCCAUCCCUGAGGAAGUUCCAGCUGCUGACGUCCCCUUUUGUGGGACAAGUGGUGGUCAAGGUGGGGGGAAGCACCAGGAAGAUCAGUGUGAAUGACCUGAAUGCGCUGAGGCUCCAGGACUCCCAGGUUCAUGGGAAGAACUUGUACCUGGCAUUUGUGGCAGCUGGAGGUUCCUUAGGACCAACUGCAGAAGAGACAGUGCUGCAAGGAGAGGCUGCUAGCAGGGCAAGUCCUCCUGCCCAGGAAGGGCAAGGGCAGGUUUGUGCUCCACAGACACAUCCCCCAGAGGAGGAGCUGCAGGAACCCCAACACUCAGGAUCUGAAGUCCCAGGAGCAGCAGAGGGUCCAGGCAACUGGCUGCGCUUCCACUUCGGCUUGUUUGGCAGCAUUCGAGCGAAUGAGUUCUCGAGAGCAAACAAAGCUAAUAAGAGGGGAGACUGGAAGGACCCUGCACCCAGGCUGGUUCUGUACUUUGAGAGUGGAGGCUUCCUUGUUUUCUACAACUGCCGAAUGCACUGGUGCUCCUCUCCGAGGGCUGAUCCUGCUUCUGACAUCCUGUCUCUGGAGUUCCACCGUGGCCAGGCACUGGAUGCCCUACGCACACCCAAUCCCAUCUGCUACACCCUCUUAGACCAAAGAUAUUUUUCAGGGGUGGGGAACAUCAUUAAGAAUGAGAUCUUGUACCUGGCCAAGAUCCAUCCGUUAACACAAGGCGCUCUCUUGGCUCUCUCAGAUCGGGAGCGUCUGCUUGACUGUGCCAUUCAGUUCAGCUCUGACUGGCUGCACAACAAGCUGCACGGGAGAAAGCUGCGCCUUCAGAUCUACCAGAAGGAGCAGUGUCCUCUCGGGCAUGCAGUGAUGAAGGGAACUCUUGGGCCCUCAAGUGGCUUUAAGAGACUUACAUGGUGGUGUCCUCAGUGCCAGCCUGCAGUGCUGUCAAGCGAUGGGGAUCCUUCCCCAGUCACCAAGUGACCUGCCUCUGUGUUCUUUCCUGGAGGGUGUCUUGGUGGUCUCUUAGUUAUCCUGAGGAGGUCUUCAUGGUUUCUUUGAGGCUGUUGAGUUUCCUCUUUAGAGACAGUGAGCGGGCAGAGUUGAGUGCUCAGUGGAGGUUACAGGAAUCACUCUGUGCCUCUGGAUGCGAAAAAGAAAGCGGUUGUACGUGUCUGUUGGGUUUUUGUCACAGUGACAAAACAGUGUAAAUGGGUUGAGGUGUCUUGAUCACCCUGUUUGGACUACAGCAAAUGGAAAGCAUAGGAAGUUGAGCAGGUGAUUACUGGGGUCCGAAGUGCCCCUACCCCUUGGCCCUGCUGUGGGUGCAAUUGCUUAUGGUGGAGUUGGCAGGAAGGAGCAUAUCCCUCUGCCUAAACAGCUUGAUUAACUCAAUACUAGGUAAUCCCGCCUCUGUACCUGUGCGCUGCGCUGUGAUUAGGUGUGGUUAGAAGCGAGUGGCUGUUCCCUCUGUCAGCUCUUACAUGAACAGCUGCCUCCUUCCCAUGGGAGAAAAUAAACCUCAGCAGUGCUUGGUGGAGCUCACCUCUGCCCCUGCAGGUUUCAGUUCUGUGGCAAACUGCCAAUUCACUGUAAAAAUAAAAACAUUUAAAAAUAUUGUGCUUGGGACAGCGGUUGCAUGAAACUCAUUACCUCCAAAAUAACUUGAAAGCAGAAAGGUUGGGAAAUAGAGGCAGCGUGGUCCCUCCUUUGUUAGGCUGUGUGUGUGUCUAUGCAGUAGGCAGGAGCUGUUGCUGUUUGUUCUCCCUAUAUGUGAGUUUAUUUUAACAAUAGACUGUGACUUGAAAAGCUGGAGUUAGAACCAGU